UCGGCCGCCGAGCGCAAACGCCUCAAACGAGCAGGCGGGAUAAACCCAGUACAGAACAGAGAGCGGCGGCCGACGGACAGAGCCGAGACGCUCGAGCCGGGCCGGAGAGACGCGGCGAAGCGCUUUGUGCCGAGAUAUCGCGGCGGCAGCGGCGGCAGGCCUAAGCAAUCGAUGCUGGCCGAUGGUGCCGGGGCCAGCCUGGAACGGGCAGGCAAGAGCAAUCGAGGCCGGAGCGGCGGGAUGGCGGCGGUGAUGGAGGCGGGCGGGCCGCGGCGGCGGCUCGUGCACCUGGACAUGAAGGGCGCUCCGCCGCGCGCCUCCUACCUGUCGGAGGUGCUGCCGCUGCUCCGCGCCCUGGGCGCCACCGGGCUGCUGCUGGAGUACGAGGACACCUUCCCCUACGCGGGGCCGCUGGAGCCGCUGCGGGCCCCUCACGCCUACAGCCCCGCGGAGGUGAGGGCGGUGCUGAGCCAGGCCGGGGCGCAGGGGCUGGAGGUCGUGCCGCUGGUGCAGACUUUCGGGCACAUGGAGUUUGUGCUGAAGCACAAAGAGUUCGCUCAUCUCCGGGAAGUGAAGGUGUUUCCCAAUGCCCUCAACCCACACAGGGAGGAGUCACGAGCACUGGUCAAAGCCAUGGUUGACCAGGUCAUGGCACUGCACCAACAUUUAAAAUGGUUUCACAUCGGGUGUGAUGAGGUCUAUUCCCUUGGCGAAGGAGAGGAGUCAAAGCAGUGGCUGCAGCAACAAGGCAAUACUCCAGAGAAGCUGUGCCUAUCCCACAUCAAAGCAGUUGCAAGUUAUGUGGCCUCAUCUUACCCCGCUGUGACACCCAUCGUGUGGGAUGAUAUGCUCAGAGGGAUAAGUGAGGAAACAUUGGCAGAGUCUGGUGUCCCACAGCUGGUGCAGCCAAUGAUCUGGGACUAUGCAGCAGACCUCGACGUGGAGGAAAAAGUGCAUCUCAUAGAGAAGUAUCAUAGGUGUGGCUUCUCCAAGGUGUGGUUUGCUAGUGCUUUUAAAGGAGCUACAGGAGUCAAUCAGUCUCUGACCCUGAUCGGCCACCACUUGAAAAACCAACUCCAAUGGCUGAAAGUGGCAAGGAGUAGCCCCACUGACAUCCUGGAAGGUAUCGCGCUGACUGGCUGGCAAAGGUAUGAUCACUUCUCUGUUUUAUGUGAGCUUCUCCCUGUGGCCAUUCCAUCAUUGGCUGUAUGUCUGCAGGCACUAAAGAAUGGAGUCUAUUCUGAAAAGAUUAAAGAAAAUGUGGAAAGGCUCCUGGGAAUGUCCAACCUGGAAACAGAUACUUUCAUGAGCACAAGCCUGGCGACCUUUCCUGGGAGCAAUAUCCUUACACUUGUGACACAAGUUAGUUUCUACCUCAAGUCAUCAGUGGAUGAACUUCUUGAAAGGAACAGGUAUGUCACAGGCUGGUUCAGUCCCUACCACAGAAAAAGGAAGAUUAUUCAUCCUAUAAUAAUGCAUCACUUCCAGCCAGAUGCAGUAAGAAGCAUCAGUGGGAAUCAAACAAUAGAAAGUAUUCAUGAUAAGGUGUGAAAUGGAAGAAUAUGUUUUUCUUUGCCUGCCUUCUGUUGAACAAAUUCUUUGAAUACAAGCACAAAACUGGUCUCCAAACAACUCUCUCAUGUAUAUGGACUUAGUGCUAUAGAGACUUCCUGCACCUUACAGCAGUUAUUGGCCUCAGUGUCAGAGGUCAUCAUGGGCCAGGCUCCAGGCAGUGCUCAGAAUAAAACCAGACUCCAUUGCCCUGUACUGCCCAUGCUUUUCAGAACCGAUCCUAGACACGAUGCCAGUUCAUGCCAAUUGGCUACUUCAUACAUUUUCUUUGCUGUGAUAGGGUGAAUAUCCAAGUGCAUCCACUCUUCCCAAUAAAAGCCAGGAUUAAAUUCCCAAAAAGUCUCACAAGGGGUUUCAGUUACACUUCAAAUGCCUGUAGUGUUGUGUUGAGCUCAGUUGGGGUGCUUUACAAGUCAUUUCAUAAGAAAAGUGACAAGAUUAAUGGUACUUAAACACAAGCAGCAUCAACCUUUUGCCAUUUGCACAAAAUCAAGUCCUUUGAGCUCUUGUAAUAGAUGCUUCUUUUCCUGAAAAGUCCUUUUAAGGCCUCUGCUCCCUUUAAAAGGUCCAAUAAGCUUGCACUGCCCUAAAGCAGAGCUCAUCUUCCCUCUGAUUUCUGCUUAGUCUUCUCUCCAAGUGGAAUGCUGUGGUGCAAGACCUCCAAGCAGCUAUGGAGCAAGUCUUCCACAAG